UUUAAAAUUUCAAGUGUUUGAUGUUUAUUUUGCGCGUGCCGCCUUGUAGUUGGAAAAAUUCCGAUAGCGCGUAAAGGCAGCAGGACGCCGCUGCUGUUGAGGUUGUGUAAAGAGGAGGAGGUGAACGCACCAUGGCUGCUCUUUUUAAAGCAAGGAAAGCUCUCAGCUUGUGUCUGGCCGGAUGUCGGAGUCUGUCUCAGCUGGCUGAGCUUCCAGAGACUCAUCAGAUCCUGAGACAGACCUGCAGAGACUACGCCGACCGGGAGCUGAGCCCCAUCGCGUCCCAGCUGGACAAAGACCACACCUACCCCAGGAAACAGAUCCAGGAGCUGGGGGCGAUGGGCGUCAUGGCGAUGGAGGUCCCGGAGGAGCUGGGGGGGGCGGGGAUGGACUACCUGGCCUACAGUCUGGCUAUGGAGGAGAUCAGCAGAGGCUGCGCCAGCACCGGGGUGGUGGUGUCUGUCAACAACUCUCUGUACAUCGGGCCGAUCCUGAAGUUCGGGUCGGAGCAGCAGAAGGAGCAGUGGAUCAGUCCGUUCACCACCGGGGAGAAAGUCGGCUGCUUCGCCCUCAGUGAACCAGGUAACGGCAGCGAUGCGGGAGCCGCCUCCACGGUGGCUCGACAGGACGGAGACGAGUGGGUCCUGAACGGGACCAAAGCCUGGAUCACCAACAGCUGGGACGCCUCGGCCACCGUCGUCUUCGCCACCACCGACAAGUCGCUCAAACACAAGGGUAUCAGCGCCUUCAUCAUCCCGAUGCCACAUCCAGGACUCUCUCUGGGGAAGAAGGAGGACAAGCUGGGCAUCAGAGCCUCGUCCACCGCCAACAUCAUCCUGGAGGACUGCAGGAUUCCUCUGGGGAACAUGCUGGGUCCUCGGGGAGCGGGCUUCAAAAUCGCCAUGCAAACCCUGGACAGCGGGAGGAUCGGCAUCGCGGCUCAGGCCCUCGGCAUCGCUCAGGCUGCGCUGGACUGUGCGGCCGACUACGCCCAUAAAAGGACUGCGUUUGGAGCCCCCAUCGGGAAACUGCAGGCCAUACAGUUCAAACUGGCCGACAUGUCCGUGGCCGUAGAAAGCGCUCGUCUGCUCACCUGGAAGGCUGCUCUCCUCAAAGACUCAAAGAAACCCUUCACGAAGGAAGCAGCCAUGGCCAAACUGGCAGCGUCUGAAGCCGCCACCUUCUGCUCUCAUCAGGCCAUCCAGGUUCUGGGUGGGAUGGGCUACGUGACAGACAUGCCGGCGGAGAGACACUACCGGGACGCUCGCAUCACCGAGAUCUACGAGGGCACCAGUGAGAUCCAGAGACUAGUCAUAGCCGGCCAGCUGCUGAAGGAAUACCAGAUAUAAGCUCAUGUGACUCAGUGGCUCCGCCCUCAGGAGAAACGGUUUCUCAUGUCCAGCCACCAGAGGGCGACAGAGUUCCUUCAUGUGCAUUGACCCACAUCUGAUUCCUCCCCUCUGUCGGUACUGACUCUGUCCUCUGAGUGUUCGUCAGAUACUUGAAUAAUGGAAAUAAAGAUAGUUUGAAGCAGGUUAAAUAAUAUGAGGAGGUUUCUGGAACGUGUCCGCCUCUCGUGCCUCAACAGUUUGUACAUAUUUUUAUUGUAAUUUAUUGUGUCCAGAUGAUCACGAGAAAAAAUACAGUCGUUUGUGAUUUGUCAAUGGAUUUUAUUGCAACAAUAAAAAUGAUCUAUGAGGAACUCUAAA